AAUAGCAUUCAAUAAUCACUAAACCUCCCAGGACCACACAAUUGCCUCUUCUGAUUAACAGCGGAAAAAAAAAAAAAAAAACUUUACAAGGGUGUUCCUGUCUGUGUGCGUGUGUCUGUGUGUGUGUUAUGUGACAAAGACUGCCUGCUCCUGAUCACAGUCUCCUGGUUUACGCCAAACUGCCUGUGUUCACAGCAGCUCUGCCACCGCUGCCUGGUUACUGCCUCAGGAAUCCUUGAAGGACAACCCCAUUCCUGCCUCUUUCUGCAUUUUAUUCUCCACUGGAUGGCUGCUGGGAACAGAGGAUAGUGAAGUGGAAUAUCUCCAGAGCAAUAGAAGAUCACUCCUCCUGUGUCACUGGCUACUUUUUCCUGCAGUUAAACUUUUUCUCCUCUGUGUCCAUCAUCUCCUUCUCACAAACUGGAAUAAUGUCUGUUUAUGGCCUGAAGGACCUGUGGUUUCCAGUGCAUUUAUGUGUCGUACUGGUGGUGUUGGCAUCAGGCAGCGUCGGGCAGAAUCCGAAACGGGGGGAUGCGGGACCAUCCUGUUACGGGGGAUUCGACCUCUACUUCGUGUUAGACAAGUCUGGGAGUGUUCAGCACCACUGGAAUGAGAUUUACCACUUUGUGGAACAUCUGGCUCAUAAAUUCAUAAGCCCACAGCUCCGGAUGUCCUUCAUCGUGUUCUCCACAGAGGGCAAGAUCCUCAUGAGACUGACUGAGGACAGAGAUUGGAUCCGCAAGGGUCUGGAGGAGCUGCGCAGAGUCCAGCCUGGGGGCGACACGUUCAUGCACGAGGGCAUCCAGAGGGCUAGUGAGCAGAUAUACCAUGGCAACUUGCAAGGGUACCGCACUGCGAGCGUGAUCAUCGCCCUGACGGACGGGGAGCUGCACGAGGAUCUGUUCUACUACGCAGAGAGGGAGGCCAAUCGCUCGCGGAGCCUGGGAGCCACUGUGUAUUGCGUUGGAGUGAAGGACUUCAAUGAAACCCAGUUGGCAAAGAUUGCUGACAGCAAGGAUCACGUUUUCCCCGUUAAUGAUGGGUUUGAGGCACUGCAAGGGGUCAUAGGCUCGAUCCUAAAGAAGUCCUGCAUCGAGAUCCUGGCAGCUGAGCCCUCCAGUAUCUGUGCAGGAGAGUCCUUUGAGGUGGUGGUGAGAGGGAAUGGAUUCCUGCACACGCGAAACGUGGAGAAGGUCCUGUGCAGUUUCCGCAUCAAUGACACCGUCACCGUCAUGAGAAAACCCCUGGUUGUCAUGGAUACCUAUCUCCUUUGCCCUGCUCCAGCUCUCCAUGAAGUUGGAACGUCAGCCUCCCUGGACGUCAGCAUGAACAACGGCCUGAGCUUCGUCUCCAGCUCGGUCACCAUCAGCACCGUGGGCUGCUCUGACGGGACCAUACUGGCCAUUGCUCUUCUCAUCCUGAUGCUCCUGCUGGUUCUGGGCCUGCUCUGGUGGUUCUGGCCUCUGUGCUGCACAGUGAUCAUCCAUGAGCCCCCUCCUCCGGUGGUAGAAGACAGCUCGGAGGAUGAAGAAGACGAGGCUCCGAAAAAAAAGUGGCCCACGGUGGAUGCUUCCUAUUACGGGGGCCGGGGGGUUGGUGGGAUUAAGAGGAUGGAAGUGCGCUGGGGAGAGAAGGGCUCCACGGAAGAGGGCGCCAAGCUGGAGAAGGCCAAGAAUGCUCGCGUGAAGAUGCCAGAGCAGGAGUUUGAAGAGCCCUCCGCCCGCACCCUCAACAACGGCAUGCACAAGCCGCGCGAGCUCCGCAAGUGGUACUCUCCGAUCAAGGGGAAACUGGACGCCUUGUGGGUCCUCCUGAGGAGGGGCUACGACCGCGUGUCGGUGAUGCGGCCUCAACCUGCAGACAAGGGACGCUGCAUCAACUUCACCCGGGUGAAGUCCAACUCAGCGCCACGCUACCCGGUGUACAAUCACCAUUCUACCCCCAUCUACAACCCCUCCGAGGACUGCAAUCCGCCUCCACCCCAGGGCAUGUUGCCCCCCCCACCUCAGAGCCCUCCCUCUUCUCCUUCAUCCAUUUUUUCCCCCUCAUUGCCACCUCUGCCCCCGACACCCCCUCCUGUUUCCAUCACUCCGUCACCUGCAACCACCCCUCCUCCUUACACUCCACCCCCCACACGUGCCCUGCCCCCAACCACUCUGAAUCUGCCCCUGCCUCCUGCUCCAGCAUCUCCCCCACCCCCUGCCCUUUCUAAUGGCCACCUCCCUCCACCUCCUCAGGCCCCGCCUCCUGGCAGAGCCCCGCCUCCUGCCCGCCCCCCGCCGCGCCCCUCCUUCUAAUUCCACUUUGUUAAAGGGGAAGGACACAGCUUCCAUAGACUGUUUAGUGGAACAUCUGCAGCAGAAUUAGAAGGUCCCAGUUGCUCUCCCCAUGCAUUCCCGUCGCCUCCUCCAGAGACCCAAUUCCCUUUUUGUCAGACCACUACCAGCCAGGCCUUCUACAAGGUCCCCUUCCUUAACAUUUACAAAAGCAAACAGAGGGGGGCACUUUCCGCUUCUCCACAGGAACACAAAACAGGUCCUCUAGUCUGUUCCUCUUUUUGGACCAAACCAGCUUCUGGAUAAACAUGAACAACAUGAUGCUGUGCAUUAUGCCAUUCCACCGACAGUCAGCUCCUUCAUAUUCUUUUAGACCUUGUGUACAUGUGUAAAUAGUAACAAUGCUUCCUGUGCCUUUCCCUGUCGCGUCUGUGUGGAGCGCCGUGAGUCCUGGGGCUUCCCUCGUUCCAGUCUCGAAAAGAAUGGGAUUUCGUCACCAGGACAACCUUCUUCACGCAACUGCUAUCCUUGGUCAUCAUUAGCUUUUGCUCUUUAUAAAACAACCUGUCAAAUCUAUUAGGGCAUUAUAAAUGU